AUGGCCUUCCAAGUCCCCUUCCCCAAGCCGGGUCUUGCGGCCGUGACCUCAGAUCUCUGGCCGUCAAUGACACGGUUGUUUAAUGCGCCCCGAAAUAACGUCGAACACGCCUCCCGCUCCGGAUAUGCCGCCCCUCAGCCCUCCCAACGCGCGGUUGCGGAAGCAACCUCCACGGGAUCAAGUAGUGUCCAGCUGCCGGAGUUUCUGGCUACUGUGUCCUCCGAGGCGUUGAAGGCAAGCAUCUUGAGCAAGACCACUCAAAGCGGAUGGUCUCGCUCCUUGCUCAAUGGAACCACAAUGUGGACCUCGCCGUCUCUCGCUAACCGUCAUCUUGCCUCUCCCUCUGCUCGUUCCUACUCCACGAUAUCCAUGUCCUUCAACCGUCUUCGCCACGCUCCCAAAGUACAAGGUCUCUCCCGGUUACAGCAACAGCGUUUUCUGUUCGGUGGUUCUUCUCACAAUCUAUUGGCGCAGAAGGAGAAAACUGCCAACAACAACCCUAGCAGCGCAAACGCUCAGAAUGCUUUCUACCAGGCCCUUCUCCGUGCAAACCACCCUGCCAUUGUUGUUGAACGGUACAAAAGCGGUCAUUUCGCCACGAAUGCGGCCACGGACGAACUCUACAUGAAAGCCUUGCAACGCGUUGGUGGCGUGGAUUCUGCGGUAGCGGUCCCUGCGUCCGGCCAGGCCGUCAGCCCCGAGCGGCUGCAAGCCAUCGGCCAGGCCGUCGCAACUCAGUUUCACGGUGGACAAUUCGGUAAUUCUACACACUACGGUACGGCAGUCAAGCAGACUGGCACUGGAAACAAGGAAGAUCCGCUGCACGUAGUUGUGGAGGAGUCAACAGGAAGUGCUGUCUUCAGAUGGGUCAAGUUCUUGUUCUACUUCGCCUUCUUUGCUUAUCUGUCUCUGGUCAUGAUCACGAUCUUGGUUGAAACGACUGGUGCUUUGAAGAACAUCAGGGGACCGCAGAACAGCGAAGCUCAGCCUCAGCAGCAGACCGUCCGUUUCAGUGAUGUGCAUGGUUGCGAUGAGGCCAAGGAAGAACUUCAGGAACUCGUCGAAUUCCUCACUAACCCCGAUCGCUUCUCUUCGCUUGGUGGCAAGCUGCCCAAGGGUGUUCUCCUGGUCGGUCCUCCUGGUACCGGAAAGACUUUGCUGGCUCGUGCUGUUGCUGGAGAGGCUGGUGUUCCCUUCUUCUACAUGUCUGGCUCUGAAUUCGACGAGGUUUACGUGGGUGUUGGUGCCAAGCGCGUUCGUGAAUUGUUCACCCAAGCCCGCAGCAAGUCCCCUGCCAUCAUCUUCAUUGAUGAGUUGGAUGCCAUUGGUGCUAAGAGGAAUGAAAGGGAUGCCGCCUAUGUGAAGCAAACCCUGAACCAAUUGCUUACCGAACUUGACGGCUUCUCCCAAAGCAGCGGGGUGAUCAUCAUUGCCGCAACCAACUACCCCCAACUUCUGGAUAAGGCUCUCACACGUCCCGGUCGCUUUGAUCGCAAGGUGACUGUUGGCCUUCCCGACGUUCGUGGCCGUAUGGAUAUUCUCCGUCACCACAUGAAGGACGUCCAGGUCAGCAUGGAUGUUGAUGUUGGUGUCAUUGCUCGUGGUACCCCUGGUUUCUCUGGUGCUGAUUUGGAGAACCUUGUUAACCAAGCUGCCAUCUAUGCCAGCCGUAACAAGCAAACCAAGGUUGGCCCCAAGGACUUUGACUGGGCAAAGGACAAGAUCAUGAUGGGUGCCGAGGCUCGCAGCCGUAUCAUCCAGGACAAGGAUAAACUCCUCACUGCCUACCACGAGGCCGGCCACGCUCUUGUUGCUUACUUCUCUCCUUCCUCUACGCCCUUGUACAAGAUCACCAUUGUUCCCCGAGGCAUGGCCUUGGGUGUGACUCACUUCUUGCCUGAGAUGGAUAUGGUGUCGAGAAACUACACCGAAUACCUUUCGGAUAUUGACGUCUCCAUGGGCGGUAAGGCUGCUGAGGAGCUUGUUUUCGGCCCUGACAAAGUCACCAGUGGAAUUUCUGCAGACAUUCAACAAGCCACUGAAACCGCCUUUACUUUGGUCACCCGUUUCGGCUACUCUAAGAAGCUCGGAAACGUGGACCUGUCGAGCAACUAUGACAGCCUCUCGUCGGAGACGAAGCAGGAGAUUGAAUCCGAAGUCCGUCGUUUAGUGGAAGAGGGUCGUGUCCGCGCCAGCAACAUUCUGACUGAAAAGCGGGAGGAGCUGGAAAUCUUGACCAAAGCUUUGAUUGAAUACGAGACACUGACAAAGGAGGAGAUGGAGAAGGUCCUGCGAGGCGAAAAGCUCGACAAGCUGCAGUCGGCUCCCGCAGCGCCGCUGAAAUUGCCCGAAGCCUUACAGACGGCCCGGCUACCACCUACAGUGGCCAGCGGAAACUCCGUCCAGGAAUAA